UUUUAUACACAUAGGCAGUGGCAACAAUAAUGGGAAUUAUGAAUCCAAAGUUCCUUCUGACAGUUGACAGAUUUCAGUUUAACAGAGAAGAGAUUAAUAUCUUGGAAAGUCUACCAGAAAUUGUUAAUGCUAAUGAAUCGAUCGAAAAAGUAAUCAUCGUACCUUCAAGAGAAAGCUCAAAGUUGAAGGAAAUCAGCCACAUCAGAAACAGUUGCUUUUUGGAUGAACUGUUGGAGAAAGGUCGAGGACCAAAUGGAGAAGUUCCAGAUUUGGAGUUCAUGCAGCUUCCCUUUGAUUAUCCUAUAUUCAUCAACUUUACUUCAGGCACUACAGGUUUACCCAAAGGAUUGGUUCAUUCUGCAGGGACUUUUUUGCCUCUCAUGAGAGAUUUUGGACUUCACUGCGACCUUAAACGCGGAGAUGUCACUCUGGCUAUGCAACCGGUGGGAUGGAAUCUCUGGAACCUAUACGUUGGCAACUUGUCUCUCGGAACAACAUUACUGCUUUAUGAUGGCCUUCCAGUUUUUCUUUCUAAGACAGCCUUCUGGGACAUAAUGGAUCAUUAUAAAGUAGCUUUUGCCUUUCUUGUAACCAGCAUAAUAGACACCUUUGAAAAGGAAGAAAUUAUACCAAGCCCUGACUGCAAAUUGGAGCACUUGAAAAUCUUGGCUAUUGGAGCCAGUCCCGUAAAGCUCCAGAACGUAGAUUUUAUCCUUCAAAAGGUGAAACCUGAUGUCCUCGUUGGGUGUUUAUACGGUGCUACGGAGGUGAUUGGUGUAUUUUCCGGCUUCGAUCUCAAUUCUCCAGUCUACAGCUCCGAAAUUCAAUGUCCUGCUCUUGGAGUUGAUAUUAAGAUAUUCGAUGAUUCUGGAAAAAGCGUGUUUGGAAAAACCGGUGAACUGGUCUUGGCCACACCAACACCAUCUUUACCAGUCUGUGUCUGGAAUGAUAACAAUGGCUCAAAAAUGACUGAGACAUACCUUUCUAAAUUCCCUGGAGUUUGGGCUCAAAAUGAUGAAGCAUGGAUUGAUCCAGAGACGAAGGGAAUGAUAAUCAUUGGAAGAAGUGAUAAUACAAUCAAGCAGCAUGGCGAAAGAUUCGUCUCUGAAGAAAUUUAUUGGGCUAUUCAUGAUAUCGAAGAAAUUGCUGACAGCGUCUGUGUGGCUCAGAGCAACGGCAGUGGGGAUGGGAGAGCUGUUCUCUUCGUCAAGAUGAAGAAUGGUUACCAAUUUAACAGCUCUAUUGUUAAGAAAAUAGAAGACACUAUCCUAAAGGAACUCACUGUCUUCUAUAUACCUGGAGUUAUUAUUCAAGUAAAAGACAUACCGUACAAUUUGAAUGGCAAGCGUAUGGAAAGUGUGGUGAAGAAGAUCGUGAACACUAAUCAAAUCCCUGAAGUGAGCAACGUAAGGAAUUCAGAAUGUCUCUUGGAGUACUGCAAUAUUCCACAGCUGCAAAAUUUCUGAGAAAAUUCAUCCUAACAAUCUUUAUCAUUUCAAAGUCGAGUUUGGAGAGACGAGAUUCCACUUCAAGUUUACUUUAAAGGAAAAGGAAAAUGGCUUGCUACUUAAUUACAAACUCGAAUAUUUUCCAUUUUGCAUUAGAGGAGAUUCGAAAUAAUUUUACCACCGGUUUUGCGUCGUUAAGUCGCAGAUGCGUUAAAUAAGCCGUUUUCUAGAGAUAUCCUGUCGGUAUUUAUUAAACAGUGACGUUAAUAUAUUUGUAUAUGACAUAUUUUGUAUUUUCAAAACAAAUAAAUUUAUGUAUUUUCAUUAAAUUAUUCUCUGCACAGUU